AUGGCUCCUUCGUCUAACUGGACCGAAGCCUCCACGAUCGAUACUGGUGUACGAGUCGACCCGAAAGGGGUGUAUUUGCUCCUGUGGGACCAAGGGAUGCCAGACAUAUUUCACUGGGGGGUGCUCAUUUCUCAAACCGAUCAAAUCGGCGUGCUGUACCACCAAGCCCUCAGCGGAACAGAAUGGCGCUUCGUGAUGGAAAAUAAGGAUGUGUCAAGAUCCGCAGCUCUGUUGGUGGCAUUGAAAGUUGGCCACGUUGAAAGCGUCGACAACAUAUGGAUGCAGUACGCCAAAGAACGAAUUAUGGAGACGAAGGUGGAAAAGGAAUUCCGAUGUAAGAACUGGGCGAUGGCGGCGAUUCGCGAGCUAGCUGACUCUGGAAUAAUUGGUUUACAGCCAGAUGAGGAGAAAAUUGAGAGGAUUGAGGAGGAGGCAUUCCUGUACGCCAAAGAUUGCUACGAUAUGCGGAGCAGGGUUGUUUACACGAGCGCGCAUUGUGUCCGUUAG